UUUUUGCUCAUUGUAGUUUCUCUUCGACAGAGACUGCCGCAAUUGUCUUAAGAGCGCUUAUCAUAUUACGCUUUAUAACAAAUUUUUAUAUAAAAUGGAUGUUACAAAUCAUCGUGCUGGGCCGAUUAAAAAGAGAGAUGCCGUUGGCGAUCGAGUACAAAAAAUUUUUCAGGACUUUUUAGCUGAAUAUAUCAAUGAUGAAGGAGUCCCUAAGUAUUUGCAGUUUGUGAAAGAGCUGGCCAGUCCUGAACGAAAUACUUUGCAUGUUAGUUUUGAAGAUGUUAAUAAGUACAAUCAAAAGUUAGCAACAACCAUUAAAGAAGAAUACUACAGAAUAUAUCCAUAUCUAUGCCGAGCUAUUGGUAAUUUUAUGGCUGAAAAGACUGUUUAUGAUUCAGACAAAGAACUCUAUAUAGGAUUUUGUGACAUUCCAACUAGAGAAAAAAUCCGUGAACUAACAGCAUCUAAAAUUGGUACAUUGUUACGUAUAAGUGGUCAGGUUGUAAGGACACAUCCAGUUCAUCCUGAACUUGUGAGUGGAACUUUUACUUGUUUGGAUUGUCAGACAGUUAUUAAAGAUGUUGAACAACAAUUUCGUUAUACUUUGCCUACUAUCUGCCGAAAUGAAGUAUGCAAUAACCGUACCAGGUUUCAUCUGGAAGUUGAUAAAUCUCGUUUUGUAGACUUUCAGAGAGUUAGAAUUCAAGAAACACAAGCUGAAUUGCCCAGAGGCAGUAUUCCGAGAAGUGUGGAAGUCAUACUUAGAGCAGAAGCAGUUGAAAUGGCUCAACCUGGUGAUAGAGUUGACUUCAUUGGUACAUUGAUUGUUGUUCCAGAUGUGAGUCAGCUGUCUAUUCCAGGUAUUCGCACUGAAUCUAGUGCUCGCCAUAAAGGUAGGGAAGGAUUUGAAACAGAAGGUGUCAGAGGUCUUAAGGCACUAGGUGUCCGAGAACUUUCAUAUAAAACAGCUUUUCUUGCAACUACUGUUAUACCUUCUGAUGUCAAAGUUGGUGCUCUUGAAAUUCUGACCGCUGAACCUUCUAAAAAAGGUGAUCAUAUUUUGAAAGAUCUAACUGGACAAGAAUGGCAAAAAAUUUAUGACAUGAGUCUUGAUCGAAAUCUCUACCAGAACUUAAUAAAAAGUCUUUUCCCUACCAUACAUGGGAAUGAUGAAGUGAAAAGUGGAAUAUUACUAAUGUUAUUUGGUGGAGUGCCCAAAACUACAGCUGAAGGUACUUCUUUGAGAGGAGAUAUUAACGUCUGUAUAGUUGGUGACCCAAGUACCGCCAAAAGUCAGUUUUUAAAACAAGUUUCAGAGUUUUCACCAAGAGCAGUUUAUACUAGUGGUAAAGCAUCUAGUGCAGCUGGUCUGACUGCUGCUGUUGCAAAAGAUGAAGAAUCGGGAGAAUUUGUUAUUGAAGCUGGGGCCUUAAUGUUAGCAGAUAAUGGUGUAUGUUGUAUUGAUGAAUUUGAUAAAAUGGAAUUGAGGGAUCAAGUUGCAAUUCAUGAAGCAAUGGAACAACAGACAAUAUCAAUCACUAAAGCUGGUGUGAAGGCAACUUUAAAUGCAAGAACUUCUAUUCUGGCUGCAGCUAAUCCAAUUGGUGGCCGUUAUGAUAGAACUAAAUCUUUAAAACAGAACAUUGCAUUAACAGCACCCAUUAUGUCAAGAUUUGAUUUGUUUUUUAUUUUGGUUGAUGAAUGCAGUGAAGUAACCGAUUAUGCUAUUGCUCGAAGAAUAGUUGAUUUGCAUCAAAAAUCAGAAGAAUCCAUUGAACGAGUGUAUAGUUUGGAGGAGAUAUUGAGAUAUAUUUCUUUUGCAAGACAAUUUAAACCAAAGAUAACUGAGGAUGCUCAAAGUUGUUUAGUUGAGCAUUAUCAAAAUUUGCGCCUUCGUGAUGCUGGUGGAGUUACAAAAUCUUCUUGGCGAAUCACAGUACGUCAGUUGGAAAGCUUAGUUCGUUUAUCUGAAGCCAUGGCAAAGAUGUAUUGUAGUGAAGAGGUUCUACCAAAGCAUGUGAAAGAAGCUUUCCGCUUACUGAAUAAAUCAAUUAUACGUGUAGAACAACCAGACAUAAACCUAAUGGAGGAAGAGGAGGAAGAUGCAAUGGAAGUUGAUGAAGAAGCUGGUAACAUUCAGCAGAAUAAUAUUCCUAAUGGUCACGAUCCACCAUCAGAUAGAGAGAAAACUCAAAGGUUAACUCUCAGUUAUGAAGAAUACAAGUCUUUAUGCAACAUAUUAAUUACUUGUCUUCAGAAAGAAGAAAGCCGUUCUGAAGAGACGGAGUAUGAAGGUAUGAGAAAGAGCCAAUUGGUUAAUUGGUAUUUGAAAGAGAUAGAAAGUGAAAUUCAAACGGAAGCAGAAUUAAUAAGACGGAAAAACCUUGUUGAAAAAGUUAUAGAAAGGUUAAUUCACCAUGAUCAAGUUAUUAUACCUCUUUCAAAAUCAGGCUUAAGGAGUAGUGAAGACCAAGAUGAGAAUGAUCCUAUAUUAGUUGUGCAUCCAAAUUAUGGAACAUUGGAAGUUUAAGAUGAUAAGAUCUUUCUGUUCUUAAAUCUUUAAAAAAAUCGCAUUUUAUUAGAAGUUAUUUUAAUUUUCAUAUUUGCUCAUCCCAUCAGUUAAAUACUUCUGUAAAUAUAUUACUUUUUUAUUUUGUGCAUUUUAGUGACUUUAAUAUUGGGUGCACAUUAAAUGUGCCUUUACUUUAACAGUUUUAUCACAUUUAACUAAUAAUAAGCUCUACGUAAAUUUCCAGUGAUAUU